GAAAUAAUGAAGGCAGCGAAGAAAGCUUUGGGAGGGGUUUUAAAUAUUUUUAGCAGUAGCAGUGGCGGUGGUUAAUCAUCAAGAGCUCUCUUUUUGAUGCAGGCGUGGGGAUAAAUGCAGGGCCUUUGCCAUUACUCUUCUCUUUCUCCUUCAAAUACCCCCACCCCUUCCUGUCUCUCUCUCUCUCUCUCCCCAUAUGUACAGUUCUUCAUAGUCUCUCUCUUUCUCUCUCAUCUCUCUCUCCUUCUCUCUGAGGAGGUUGUUUCUGUAGAAGCAUGAAACAGGACAGGGGAUAGCAGUCGCUGGGCAGAAAAGACAGGGGGGUUUGAACGAAUGCCCAAAUUCAAUAAAGGGUCUUCUGGGAAAAGCUUCAAAUGGAGGUCAGAGUUGCAAAAGUGGCCCUAAAUCUGAAAUGGGUAUCUUUCUCUUCCCACUUUUAGUUGGGUCUUUCCCCGUUUCAGAGCUGGGGCAUCUGCAGCUCUGACUAGGGUUUUUACUGCAAGGUUUUGAAUGGGUAUUUAUUAUUCUGAAAUCAAUGUUCGUGCUUAAUUGACUGCUUCUGGGCUGGGCACUCUUUUUUCAACUCUUCUUUGAACUGAUUUUUUCUUUUUCCUUUUUGUUUUUUGGUUUUGUACUUCCCGUGUAAGGUGGUAGUACGACCAAGUUCAGGGUUAGGUUCAGAGAGAGUAGCGGUUACACUAGUGCGAUCUUUGGUACAUAUUUUGGUUCUUAGUUUUGUAUUAAAUUUCUGACCUUUUUUUUUAGCUCAUAAAUUAAGUGGGUCAACUUGAGCUGCGUUGGGUUUAUCUAGCUUUGGACUUGCAUAGCAUAAUUUCUUUGUGCGGAUUGAGCCUUAGAAGGCAUAUCAUAUCAUAUCUCUGCACCCACUGCCGUUCUUGUGAAAUUCAAAUUUCUGCGGGUUGGGUUUGGUUCGGACUUGUUUGUAACCUAGUGGGUUUGGUGAUUUUAUGCUUAUCUGGGGUCUUUGAAUUUGAGCAAAGUUUUGGGCAAUCAGGGUUUCCUUUCUUUUUGUUUUGUUUUGUUUUUUGGGGGAGGGGUGAGGGGGGAAGAGAUAUAUUGUUUGUUGGUUGAUUGCAAGGAUUGUAAUUGAAAAGGCAUCACUUCAGGAUACUCUCGCUUAGCAGGAGAUGGAUUUGGGGGAAAAGGAUAAAUUUGAGGUAGAGAAGAGGAAUGAGGAGAUUUCAAACUACCAUUCACCUAGUUUGUCUUCAGACUGGCGAUUUGGUGGGGUUAAUCUUGCAAAUACAUCAAUGAGUUUGGUUCCUAUGGGCAAUCCCAUAGCAGUUUGCAAGGGAGAUCUGGUUGGUACUUCUUCUUGUUCCUCUGCUUCCAUGAUGGAUUCAUAUUGCCCAACUCCUUGGGACCACCCUACCAGUUCUCAGACCUUAGGUCCUUGUGACAUAAACGUCCAGAUCAAUCCUAGCACUUCAAACACACUGGGAUUCAGAAAAGGAGUUUCUGACUCUUUGAGGGAAGGUAUCGAUAAUAUGGGCUGGAAUCAACUGAAACCGGUUAUCUUCUUGCCAAAUGCCUCUGGAAUGCUUCCUCAGAACUUAUCACAGUUCCCAGCCGAUUCUGCAUUCAUUGAGCGUGCUGCCAGGUUUUCAUGCUUCAAUGGUGGGAAUUUUAGUGAUAUGGUGAACCCUUUUGGGAUUCCUGAAUUAUUGAAUCCUUAUUGUAGGGGUGGUUCAACGAUGCAAGGGCCACCUGAGGUUUUCCCUGGCAAUGCAAUCAAGUCAGUGGCUGGUGCAGAGUCUCAGAAGAAUGAGUUGAGCAUGGCUGAAGGUUCCAAGGAUGUUUCUUUGUCUGUUGAGCAUGGGGUUGCUGAAGGGAGCAGCCCAUUAAAGAACGAGAGAAAAAAUGAAAGUUUUGUGAGGUCUCUUGAUGAAGCAAAGCAGGCAGUUGGAGCGUCUGGUAAUGAAUCUGAUGAAGCUGAAUUUAGUGGUGGAGGUGGUCAGGACGAGACAUCUAUGUUGGAGGGUACAGGUAGGGAACCUCCUUCUGCCAUAGGACUUGGUUCAAAGAAAAGGAAGAGGAGUGGUCAGGGUGCGCUGCAAUCCAGUGACCCAGCGAAGGAUAACACUGAAAUUCAACAGAAAGGAGACCAAAAUCCAACUUCAACCGUCAAUAAGCCUGUUGGAAAACAAAGUAAACAUGCAUCUCAGGCUUCAGAUCAACCUAAGGAAGAAUAUAUCCAUGUUAGAGCACGGAGAGGCCAGGCAACAAACAGCCAUAGCCUUGCAGAAAGAGUAAGAAGGGAAAAGAUCAGUGAAAGGAUGAAAUUUCUUCAAGAUCUUGUGCCUGGUUGCAGCAAGGUCACAGGCAAGGCAGUCAUGCUAGAUGAAAUCAUUAACUAUGUACAAUCACUGCAACGGCAGGUUGAGUUUUUGUCUAUGAAACUUGCCACAGUCAAUCCACGGAUGGAUUUUAACAUUGAAGGGCUUCUUGCAAAAGAUUCACGGGCUGGUCCUUCAUCAACACUGGGCUUUUCCCCAGAUGCUGCAAUGGCAUAUCCUCAACUACAUCCAUCUCAACCAGGAUUGAUCCAAGCUGGCCUUCCUAACAUGGGAACUCCUUCUGAUAUGCUUCGGAGAACCAUAAAUUCCCAAUUGACAGCUAUGAGUGGAGGGUUCAAGGAGCCUGCUACCCAGCCAGCCAACGUGUGGGAGGAUGAACUCCACAAUGUUGUUCAAAUGAGUUUCGGUGCCAGUGCUCCCUCCGACAGCCAAGAUGUAAAUGGGUCUUUGCCACCAAGCCAUAUGAAAGUUGAACUUUGAUCAGCCUUUUAGUUUGUUGUGCCGCUGGCCCUUAUUAUGAGGUUCCCAUUGCAAAAUAUAUUUACGCCAUUUGAAGGCUGAUAUAGAUUAUACCGUUACCAGGUUCCUGCUGUAAAAUCUCCCUGUUAAGUUGUGUUGACAUGAUACUAGCUCGGAGUUGAAGUGAUUCCAGAGCUGAAGAGAGUGAGAUUGCGUUCAGCGACAAGUUACUGGUAGCCUCUUUUUUUCCCCUGUAAACACCAAUCACCUUGUGAAAACCCAUUGUUUGUGGUAAUAGAGUUUGCCCAAAAACCAAAAAGGAAGUGUGUAUAUGAAGGUUCAUCUUUUAAAAGGUGCCAAGGGAGACGCUUACUUGAAGCUCAUAGGUGGUGAAUUUAUGGGAUGCCAACUGGGUCAGAGUUCAAUCUGCAUAGUUGUUAAAAACUUAAAAUUAUGGUGGUGGAUGCUAAAUGUCUUAGAUCAUAUAUUGACAAAAAGGAAAUCUAUCUUGCAAUGGUAUUUUCUUUCAAAA